CCUCCAGCAGACAUCGAUCCAUAUACUCGCUUCUACUUUUGCGUUCUCUUGCGUGUUUCGGCGCUGACCAUGGCCGAGGCUUCAAUUCUGCCUCCGCAGCAGCACAAGCAGCCCUCGCGCAAGGGCAAGAAGGCCUGGCGCAAAAAUGUCGACAUCACCGAAGUGCAGGAUGGCUUGGAGGAAGUCCGCGAGGAAGUUAUCAAGCACGGAGGCGUCAUUGCUGAACGAGAUUCGGCGGAGCUUUUCGUCACCGACACGACCGGCUCGAAGGACAUCCAGAAAGCGUACGCCCGCGCCAACAAGCUUCUCAAGGCAGAUGAGAUUCUUGCACAGCGCUCUGCAGUGCCAUCUGUAGCCACGCACAAACGGCCGGCCGGCUCCAGAGUCACGGACGGCCUUGUGGAGCCAAGCAGCAAGCGACGACGAGACUAUGUUUCGAGAAAAGAGUACGAAAGACUCCGAAAAUUUGCAUACGGUGGCAAUUCAGUGCACAAAGACGUCGUCAAACAGGGUGACGAUGCAGAUUAUGACCCGUGGGCUGCCGAAGCGUCCACUCAGCCUGCGGAGCUGCCAUUUCUAGCCAAGAAGAAUGCGGUUCGAGAACCAGUCACACUCAAGCAGGCGCCCAUCAGCUUAGCCAAAAGUGGUAAAGCAAUUUCUGCCGUACGCAAGCCAGAAGCCGGCAAGAGCUACAAUCCCUUGUUCGAAGAUUGGGAGGCUCUCAUCCAGCGCGAGGGCGACAAGGCCGUGGCAGAAGAGCGCCAGAGGCUCGAGGAGGAACGGCAAGAGGAAGAGAGGCAGGCCAUGAUUGCGAAGGCUCAAGCUGAGGAAGACACAGAGCAUUGGGAAAGCGAGUGGGAAAGCGAGUGGGAGGGGAUCAUGAGUGAGAAGGAAGAUGCCGAGCAGAACAGGUCGUGGCUACGCAAGAAGAGGCCGGAACGCAAGACACCGGCUGAAAGAAACAAGAUCAAGAGGCGAAAGCAGGAAGAGCAGCGCAAACGUCACGAGGAGAAGAUGCGCACGCGCGAUCUAGACCUGGCUCAGCUCAAGGCACUGGCUAAAGAAAAUCGCAAUUCCAGCAGCAGGCCACAGGCAGAGCCUUUGCCUGAGGAAUCGUCCUCGUCCGAGGGAGAGGACAUCAAAUUAAGAAGGAGGCGACCAAAGCACGUUCCUGAAGCCCCGCUCGAGGUAGUGCUUGCGGAUGAGCUGGAAGACUCGCUCCGGCGGUUGCGGCCAGAGGGCAAUCUCCUGCAGGAUCGGUAUAGGAGCAUGAUCCUUCGGGGCAAGAUCGAAAGCAGGGCGAAGAUAACACAGCCCAAGAAGCCGAAGCGGGAGGUGAAAGAGAAGUGGUCGUACAAGGAUUGGAAACUAAAAUAGAGGACAGUCAAAGAUUUUGCUUUUUGCACGGCGGUCUAAGCAGAUUGUACAGGUGGCACAACGCAGUCCGAGUCUUGCGAUGUGAUGGGCCGCUGCGGAUUAGAUUACUUGCACAUACAAGAUUCAGGCUAUCGAAGGUGCCUGCUCUAGCUGUGGCAGGCUCUGCUGCGUAGUCAUGCAAGGUCAAAAUCUCAUUAAGCGUAUCCAGG